UGUCAGCCCAUCCCUUACUUUACUCUCUACAAAUCUUCCCCUCUCCCAUUCUCCCUCCCCUCCUCCACUCCCCCCAUCCCUCCCCCUCGGAGGAAGCACCUAGCCCGUAAGGAGGCUCAGCGUCUCGCCACCCUCCAAGCAGGAUGCGGGAAGACCCCCCUGUCCCUCUCCCCUCCCAACUCUCGCCCCCCUCCUCUCCCCCCUGCCCCCACCAUUUCCAUCUCCAACUCCACCACCCCCCCUGCCAUCCCUCCCCCGCCCUCUCUCCCCCCUCCUCCCUCUUUCCAUGCGUUGGAUGAUGAGAUCCGUAAGCUACUGGUGCUAGCAGGACUGACCCAGGCUGAGCUCCUCAAACUCAGCCCAGAGCUGGGGGUUUGUGUGGGGGGACUGGAGGAGGAGGUAGAGGGGGAGACCCACCACACCUCCAGGCCUGGACAGACACAAGAUAGAGGGAUGAGGAGAAAAGAGGAGAAGGCUAAGGAGCAGUAUGAUAUAGAUGGGUUGGCUGUGGAUGGAUGGAGAGAUGGAGAAGGGAGGUCAGAGGUGGAGAGGGAUAGAGAGACUGAUAUAUUUGGAGGAGUAAAGGAGGAUGAGGGAGAGAAAGAGGAGAGCAGAGAUGUGUUUAGAACCACGUCUUUCACUGACAUGGCGAGAAGGAGGAACAGAAACAGCAUGUUUGGGGCUAACGUUAGCCUAGCAUCUGACUCCUACUACAGCACUGGCAAUACCAACACCUCUAACAAUGUUAACUUCGAGACUUUCAAAUAUUCCCCUGUGCUCACGGAAACCCCUCCCCCGCCUCCCCCGCGUCCCUUACCCCCUGCCCCCCCUACCCUGCCCCCCCUCAAAGUUUGCACCCUACUCGCCAACUCUUUACGCCCUGAGCGAUUUGAUUGGCUCAUGGCUUUCUCCCCCGAUGGUGAAACCCUGACCCUGCCCCCGCCCUUGGAAGUUAGAAAAUCCAAUGAGGAAACCCUGAAGAAAUCUACUUCCGGGUCAACGUCGUCAUCUGGGUCAACGUCGUCAUCUGGGUCAACGUCAGGGUCGGGUUCAAAAGUGAUGACCUUCAAAGAACUGCGUAACCGUAGCAAACACAGCUCCCCGGCCUACCAACUAAUAACUGAACCGGAUCCUGAUCCCACAGUCAUAACCCCUGACCCUGACUUCCUCUACAACCUCAAGUGGAGGAGGGAAAAGACGGACAGCGACGGAAUCCAAUGGGAGUACACCUCCCAGGCCCAGGCCACCUUCCUGCAACCACCUCCCCUCACCUCAUUGGCUGCUUUUAGGGAAAUGUUCCAGAAAGCAGAGGAUGCGAUUGGACAACCCGAGUUAUGUCCCUCGCAGCGGAUUGGCUGCUCAGCCAGUGAAGGGAACCUGUGGAGGAUGGAUGGACAGAGAAAAGAGGAGGGAGAAAAGAGGAAAGAAGAGGUAGAGGAAGAAGAGGUGGAGGUGAGAGGAACAGCUGAUGGAGGAAGAACCUGGGAGUCAAGAACUACAGUGUCCUCACCCCCUCUCUCCCUGGCCCACUCCCAGCCCUCCUCCUAUUUCCUCCACUCUGUAAUCCCUCCUUACCGCCCAGGAUACUGUGGUGCUCAUACAAGACCAGUCCCCAGGACCCAACCUCACAGCCACACUGAAAUCCAGUCCACAGCCAUAGGCCCUAACCCCUACACUACCCAGUCCACGGCCCCUAACCCCUACACUACCCAGUCCACGACCCCUAACCCCUACACUACCCAGUCCACAGCCAUAGGCCCUAACCCCUACACUACCCAGACCACGGCCCCUAACCCCUACACUACCCAGACCACGGCCCCUAACCCCUACACUACCCAGUCCACAGCCAUAGGCCCUAACCCCCACACUACCCAGUCCACGGCCCCUAACCCCUACACUACCCAGUCCACGGCCCCUAACCCCUACACUACCCAGUCCACGGCCCCUAACCCCUACACUACCCAGUCCACGGCCCCUAACCCCUACACUACCCAGACCACGGCCCCUAACCCCUACACUACCCAGACCACGGCCCCUAACCCCUACACUACCCAGUCCACGACCCCUAACCCCUACACUACCCAGUCCACAACCCCUAACCCCUACACUACCCAGUCCACAGCCACGACCCCUAACCUUUACACUACCCAGUCCACGACCCCUAACCCCUACACUACCCAGUCCACGACCCCUAACCCCUACACUACCCAGUUAUCUAACCCCUUUGCUACACCAUACACUCACACAGAUUUAAAUGAAGACAGCCAUGGAACUUAUUCUGAGAAUGAUAUUGAUUCUGGAUAUAGUGACUAUUUUAAGAAGGAUGGAGGCCUAGACUCUGCACAUCGUUUUGGAAAGGACUUCAAGAGCAACAUUGAUAGUUUGUAUCGUUAUGUGAAUGAGUCCAAGACUAAAGAAAAGCUGGAGUAUGGCUUUGUCUCUGAAUCCAUCACUGACUUUGACUCCCUCUACUGCUUCGCUAACGUCACUGAUAAACAGCCUCACACCAGCUCACACACACUCGUCAGCAAUGACACACACACUCAAGGCUGCACCACCCCAUAUAAAAACGUUGACGCGAUGAUGAUGGCAUAUGCCAAAACACACACUGUCGGUUCCCUUGGUCGCACUGACACACACACACACACCUCUCACCCUGGCCAGAGCAGAACCUCUAAAGAUCUCCCUCCCCUCCCUACCUGGUACCUCUACCACCCCAAAAACUGUCCCAUCCACAGGGGUGCCCCUCCCCGCCUCUCCCCCAUCGGGGCUCUCGACCCCCCCUAUCGCUCUGGAGCCCCCCCUCCGGGCCUGGACGCAUCCUGCCUCAGCUCACCCCUGUUCCCCCGCUCUCACACUGUCCCUGCCCUGGCCGCCCCCCUCUACUACCCCUUCCUCUACCCCCCUAUCCCCCCUAGGAAAACCUCCGACCCCCCAAAACUCAUCCAGGCUCCGCCGCUGCCGCCCGCGCUGACGGUUCGUAGCGUCUCAUUUGCCAGCUCUGUACAGAGAGGUGGGACUUCCUGGAUGGGCGAUGACGUGAAGGCCCCUCUGAGAGGCCUUGGGCUGUCCUCUCUGUGCCUGCUGGAAAAAAGAGCUCUGGUCAGUGCAGUCAGUGUGGCAGUGGAGGCCAUUUUGGCUCAGUUCAGCUCCUCACGGACCCUGGUGCAGAAGUCUGCCUCCAUUAACAAGGCUCUAUCAGGAGACAGCAGUGUGAAUCCGUCUCUGGGUCGGCUGGUGCUGCAGUGUUUGUGCCCCGCCCUGCGGAGCCUGCUCUCCGACGGCCUCAAGCCCCACCAGAGUGAUUUGAUCUCGGGCAGGAGGCCAAACUCAGCCUGGGGAUUGGUCCAGGCCUCCACCAGGCCAGGGCCCAGCACUCAGUCCCUGUACAGCCUCCAGGCUAGAAUAGGAGAGCUGCCCCAGCUCCGGCAGAACAAACACAGGUUCAACGCCUUCCUCCUCGGCCUCCUGAACAUCAAGCUUAUGGAUUUCUGGUUGUCUCAUCUCCAGUCAUGCAGUGAUGUGUUGGUGACGUUCUACCAGCCCUCCUCCUUCAUGCGUUUGUCAUUGACUUCCUGCCAGCCUCUGUUUGAGGAGCUCCUCCUCCUGCUGCAGCCCCUCAGUCUCCUGACCCUUAACCUCGACCUGCUCUUCCAGCAUCACCACCUGGAUCCAGCCAAUCACAGCCCAGAGAUCCCCAGCCCACCCAAUCAAGACCUGGGAUUCAGGCUCUCGCCCCGGGGGUCCGCUUCCCAAAGCAGGGGCAGCAGCUAUCUCGAGAGCCUAUCAGAGCUAGACUUUGGGAGAGCAGAACCCGAGGCGACCAAUCAUAAUGUGAGCUCGUCGUCCCUGGCCAACUCAGGGGUGGGAGGGUUGGUGGAGUCACUGAAGCCAGCGAGUCUCAGUGUGGGGCCUGCAAAGGUCUCUGGGGGUCUUGCGGAGACAAGUCCUCAGCUGAUGUGGGUCCAGGAGAAAGAAAUUAGGGAGCUAGCACCUCCUAAUGUUGAGGAGGCCAGUCUCUCCCAACAGGCAGGACAGGUGAUCCAGCAGGGAUGGGGGGCUGUGAUACGCUGGGGGGGCAAGCUGGGCCAGAACCUGGCUGAACUCAGCCUGUCUGCAGUACAGAACCAGGAGGGGACAUCCAGAGACCCCCAGAGCCCCAGACCAGUACCCAGGCCAGGAGUGACCCUCCUCAGGUCGAUGGAGCAUUGGCGGUCCCCUGGGGUUUGGGACGGCUGUUUGGAGCCUCCAAUAACCCCACGAUACCCACACUUCCAACCAGGGGUGUCUGUUCUGACCCGGAUGGUGAGCAGCAGUUCCAGCGCUAACCAGAGGAGGGCGCUGGAGCCCCAGCAGGUAGAAGAGGUGUUAGAGAGAGAGAUGGAGGAGACAUGGGACAACCCAAGACCCCUCAGGUCAGUCAGAACACUAUGCGACCACUCUGGCACAGGGGCGGAGCUAAGCUUCCAGAAAGGGGAGGAGUUAGUGGUUUUAGGGGGUGUCGAUCACGACUGGAUUCGCUGUCGUCAGGGAGACCGAGAGGGGCUCGUACCCAUUGGCUACGCCUCACUGAUCCUGUGAUUUCAGACACCUGAUCAGAGUUUUGAUUGUUUGAAUAUAUCUGGGGGAGGGAAAAUGAAGUCAUAAAGCUAUAAUGUAUUUAGGCAACCAUAGAGAGGCUGUGGUGAAGUCCCAAUGCUCUCUGAGAAAUAGUUCACCCCCGAAUCUAAGUUCAAAUCACAUGUUUAUAUCUCUAAAGUGGUCCAAAGUCGUAUGUCAGGGUUCCCCAACUGGCGGCCAUUGAUUUUAUAAGGGUUUGGGUUACUUGUUGGACAUAAAAUACUACCAUCAGUAAAUGUUGAAAAUCUGUUCCAAGGUAUUCCCACAUAGAGAGAGAUGUGAUUGUUUACAAAUCUAAGCAAGGUUUGAAAUGAUUAUAUUUUAGCCAAAUGUUAUAUCUGUUUGGGCUUCUUGCAGUCAAUUUGCAGUCUACAAAUUAUUUGUGAUUAUGUUCCAGCCCCCUGACCAUCCAUGGCUGAAUCUAGUUGAUGAUCACUGGUCUAAGUAAUUUAGUUCAGUCCCUACUCCGCACCAUCUGUGGUGUAGAUCCCACUAUAUGCACUGGUAGAAAUCUGCAAAACUCAAUCCCUAAAGAACUGUACCAUCUAAUGCCAUCUAAUUAAGGGGAUUUAAGGAAGAUUUCAUUUAGCUCACCAGAUGGUGUGGAAUAUGGACGCAGCACGACUUCAGACCACUUUUGAAGUGUGAAAACUUCAGACAAACACUUAUCUUGGUGUGGACUAUCCCUUUAAAUGUCCUCCAUUCAUCAUCUCUCUUUGGUGACCACUGAUCUGAGAAGGACUGGAUAAAGCUUUGUAGAAUUCUAUUCAUAGGUUGCACCUCCGUCACAUCAUACAGGGUGGCAGGGUAGCCUAGUGGUUAGAGCGUUGGACUAGUAACCGAAAGGUUGCAAGUUCAAAUCCCCGAGCUGGCAAGGUACAAAUCUGUCAUUCUGGCCCUGAACAGGCAGUUAACCCACUGUUCCUAGGCUGUCAUUAAAAAUAAGAAUUUGUUCUUAACUGACUUGCCUAGUAAAAUAAAAUAAAAAUACCAAGCCGCCAUCGGCUUAAAGUGGUGAUAAGCCCCGUCGUUCUGAGUCUAACUACUGUUUAGUAUAAAUUAAUAGCAAAAUUCUGCAAAAAUAGCUAGCAAAGCAAACGUAAGCUUGUUACAAUCAGGUGGCCUCCCCUCAAUUUAAGCUAGUUAGCUAAUGUUAUACUGCAUCUAAAGUCUAUCUGGUGACAUCAAAAGAUUUUACUAAUAAUUAUUUGCCUGUUUUUGAAUGUCAUUGUAUUUCCAGGCCAUUGUAAUGCACUUUGCAUGAAAUCUUCAUCAGCGCUUAAUGAUGAUGAUGAUUUGAGUAGAAUGCUCAGUCGAACGAACGUUAAAAACAAUAUUGUGACGAAACAUGCAACCAAUGCAUUCAGCUUAUCCAAACACUUUCAGAUCAGCAGUCACUAUGGGAAGAUUUCUAGCCUGGUAGCCAGGUCGGUUUCUGCUCUAGACCCAGACCUUGCCGCCAGGCUAACCGGUGAAGGGAGCCAUGGUAGAGUAUUGGAGCGUAGCCCCUGCUACGUAACGUAGUACCAUAGUGAAAUGUAGCUGUUUUCUGUGUUCUAUUUGACCUUCCACCCCUAUUGAUCUCUCACCUCUUUCGCUUGGUCUCUGUGUGUUUGACAUGUUCCCACUACAAUUAAUAGUCGGUUUAAAAAGGAUAACUAUUUGACUGUAUAAAUAUACAUACAUAAUAUAUAGGUAUAUGAAUAUAGAUUAAUUUAACCGAUAGAUAGAUAACCAAGAGAAAACAGAUAGUCAAACGUUACUAUUGAUAAGGUUGAUCAUGAAUCAAAUUGAUAAGUGAUCUGGCCUUUUAUCCCCAACUCACCAGUCACUACUCUAUAGUCAUUAUACACACGGACAGCUCCAGUGUUUUUGUCAAUUAUUGGAAUCCAGUGGCUUCAUCUUAGUGUGUGUUGUAUGCAUUGUCUUGACAUCAUAUCCUUCAUAUCGUCAUCAUAACCUGAUGGUCUCAUACCUUUACACUGUAUUUAUUGUAUAAUGAAUGCUUUGAGUGAAUGCAGUGGGGUUGGGCUCAAUAUGGCAGUCAAUUCCGGAAGGAAACUGAAUGCUUUGAGUGAAUGCAGUGGGGUUGGGCUCAAUAUGGCAAUCAAUUCAGUAAGGAAACUGAAAUUCCAAUUGGAUGAUUGAAAUAGGGGCCUGUAUUUUUAAUGACUUCUAAAUGAAUUGAAAAGGAGAAGCUAUUUAUGUUUUUUAAUUAGCUGAUUUUAAAUUCAAAUCACCUGCUGAAUCGGCAGCCUUCAAUUCGAAUUGAGCCCAACCCUUGAAUGCAGAAGAAUAUCUAUCUAUAUGACACAUAUCUAUCUAAAGGACAUUCUAGUAUCCAACAGUAUAUAAAUAUAACUGGCAUAGCAAUGCUGUAACUUCAAUCAGUCCACACCUCUUAAACCUCACUAACACAUACUACUCAGUGCUUAUGAAAAUAUCAAUGCUUUGAGACGGACAGACAGCUAGACAGACAGCUAGACAGACAGCUAGACAGACAGAUAGAUAAACAGACAGAUAAACAGACAAAUAAACAGAUAGAUAAACAGACAGAUAAACAGACAAAUAAACAGAUAGAUAAACAGACAGAUAAACAGACAGAUAAACAGAUAGAUAAACAGACAGAUAAACAGACAAAUAAACAGAUAGAUAAACAGACAGAUAAACAGACAGAUAAACAGAUAGAUAAACAGACAGAUAAACAGACAGAUAAACAGACAAAUAAACAGAUAGAUAAACAGACAGAUAAACAGACAAAUAAACAGAUAGAUAAACAGACAGAUAAACAGACAGAUAAACAGACAGAUAAACAGACAAAUAAACAGACAGAUAAACAGACAGAUAAACAGACAAAUAAACAGACAGAUAGACAGACAGAUAAACAGACAGAUAAACAGACAGAUAAACAGACAAAUAAACAGAUAGAUAAACAGACAGAUAAACAGACAGAUAGACAGACAGAUAAACAGACAGAUAGACAGACAGAUAAACAGACAGAUAGACAGACAGAUAAACAGACAGAUAAACAGAUAGAUAAACAUUCUGAGGGACUUGAGUCCUGUCUCUUUCUACUCAUCCCAGGGAUGAUCAACUCUAGUCUGGUUACUUUUCCUUUACCUCACAGAUCAAUUGGUAUAUUUGAUUCCCCAGAUGUUUAACUUGACUGGUUACCUGGGCCUUACUAAGUCUGACUACAAGACAAUACUAAAGGCUACUGAGACCAGUAGACAAUGUGUGUUUCCAGGGCCAUAGUUGUAUGUUCCUGACCGAGACUGUCCAAGCUUUCAGAUGAAGCAGUAAGCUGCUCCCUGAUGUACUGUAUGUGUAUGAAGACACCACGACUGUCAAGCCUAUGUGUUUGAGGAAGAGGCUGCCCUUCCCCCAACCGUACCUCAGCUCUCAUAUGCACCUUCCUCCUUUCCCUACCUGUCAUGCUAACCCGUGUAAGGUCAUCAUUUUUAAUACCGUAGUAACGAUAGUGGUAGUAGAAUAACGUUCAAGUAAUCAUGUUUAUUACUAUGUUUCUCUUCUGAUUUGGUUGGUAGUUAUUCUGUAGGCUUGGUAAUGAUGAUGCAUAUGAUGUACUUCUCAAAGGCUUCUGGUUUAAAGGAACUGAUUGUUUGCUGUUUUUGUUGUUGUUUUGACACUUGCGGGUGACAUGACGCUUCUUGAAGAGUUCAGGUUACUUGAGGAAUGAAGAAUAAAACAUAUUACCCAUAAAUUUAAAUUCAAUGGGAAUAUCGCUCUUUUGAUUGGUCAGAAUAUAAUAUAAAAGGCAUAAAAAGGUAUAAUAUAAAAGGUUACCAUGCCAACAAGCCUCUGUGGUGUAGCACAUGGUUAGUGUCCCUAUGACAACAAUAGAUUGGAAACAUUGUAACUUUGCACUUGCAUUAUACAGGCUACUUUACCAAAUCUUCCAGCAAGUGCAAUGGUAUGGCACCUGCUAGUAUGUCAACAACCUAACUAGCUAAUCCAAAUCGCUGCGUGUCUCAAGACAAUGUGUAGCUAUAAUAGAUAGUUGUUUACCAAACAGGGGAGCCACUGUGUGUCAUGGCCAGUCACACUACACCCCUGGUCUUCUAAAGGCUUUAGCUGGGUCACGGCAGCAAAACAAGCUAGACAACUACUUUCUUCGGCCAGUAAAUUGACAUGAGUCGUUUUAGAGCUAUCUGUAAUGUAUUUUAAUUACAGCUUGUAGUAAAUUAGGCUGUAUGAGGGAGGAGCUAGUUAGUGUCAGCAAGGCCCACCUUUCAAUGUGCCAUGCCUAGAUACAGGUGAAGGGUAAACCUAACUUCAGGAAAUACACAUGGUCUGUGACGGUAACAAUCUCACUAUGUUGACAAGGAUUUUCUCGUUAUUUUUUGUUGUUGAUUCGGGUAUAUUUUCCAUUGUGUGAGACGAUCCAUGAUAAAUGCAUUGAUUUGAAAAGCUGUACAUUUAUUGGAUGUGGUGUUUAUUGACCCUGGAGUCCCUGAAAGGUGUAUAUAUAUACACCUCUGUUGUAUUUGUCCCCUCACGUCUAUCUAUCUAUCUGGGGUUUUGUGUGUGUGUGCAGCACAGGAGGUUGGUGGCACCUUAAUUGGGGAGGACGGGCUUGUGGUAAUGGCUGAAGCGGAAUAUGUGGAAUGGUAUCAGAUACAUUAAACACCUGGUUGCCAGGUAUUUGAUGCCAUUCCAUUUGCCAUUAUUAUGAGCCGUCCUCCCCUCAGCAGCCUCCACUGGUGUGUGUGUGUUCGUGCUUGCGUGCGAACGAACAAGCAUGUGUGUGUAGCAGUGGGUUCUGUAUCUCUCUGGUAUGAUGUAGCCUGCCCUGUGCCUCACUGUUCCAUAGUGUACUGUGUCCCUGUAGCGUCAGUCAGUGUCUGACUCCCGCAUGUGCUUGUUUGUAAAUACCCAAUAAAUAAUCAACAUAAACCAAA